GGAACCUUAAGUUUACUCCGCUCCUGAGAGUCUGGUUGGUGUACACACACUUGAGUACCUGUACACUCACAGUACCUGUACAAUGAACUGCUAAGCUACUUAUUGAAUUUGUUUCGAAGAAGCUUGAAGCAAGAAAAACAAAGAGAAAACAAGCGGACAGCUAGAGUUCACUGGCACGGAACUUUGGAAGAACUCUUUCAGAUUGAUCAAGGCACAAAAGUCACAGAUUUGCGUGUGUGGAGGGUGAUCUUCCACGUCGGAAUACGAUCCGGCAACGCGAGCCACUUGUUCUCUCGCGAAUCUCGAAGAGCAAAGUGAAUAUGCUGCGAGGCCCUCAGGUGAUGAAGAAGAUCUUUGGAGCCAGGUGAUCCAAAUCUAAAACCAAGUGGAAAGAAGGAAGAAAGAUGUGCUGAGUUGCGUGGUGUUGGAUUGCAGCUAUGGCUCUUCUCGCUUCAACUCCAGGAGCUGGAGCGACAGCCACAGCUGCUGCUGCUGCUACAAGUUUGGGGGCUCUAAAAUCUUCGCUGGGCGUAGCGAGAUCGAGCUGCUCGUCCAGAUCUCUCUGGCCAAAAACUCUGGUGGCAGCAAUGCAACAGGGAUCCGGCUCUACCACUGUUGUGACGAGCGGCCAAUCUUCCUCGAGUGGUGUUACAGAGGUGGACAAGGAUAGCUUCUGGCCGCUCGUUGAUGGAGCUGGGGACAAGGUCGUGGUGCUCGACAUGUACACCCAAUGGUGUGGCCCUUGCAAAAUGAUGUUUCCAAAGAUCGUGGAGCUCUCUUCCAGAUACUCGGACGUGAUGUUUCUCAAGCUGGAUUGCAACCAAGAGAACAAGCCGCUUGCCAAAGAGCUCGGCAUACGAGUUGUGCCCACGUUCAAGAUACUCAAGCACAAAAAGAUCGUGGCAGAGAUCGCCGGUGCCAAAUUCGAUGAUCUCGUUCGAACCAUCGACACUGUACGGACGGGCUGAGCUGAUCACGCGAGCAAGGAAAAAAGAUCACGGGCCGUACGGGUGUCGCUGUAAAUUAAAUAUGAUUCAUUAGUGCCAAAGACGCGCAAAUGUAUUUGGACAAGUUUUGUGGCGUCGUGGCUUGGUACCCAACAUUCUUAACAUGGGAUAUUCCGGCA